CCUUCUUUGCUUCGCCAUUCCACUAUAUAUAUAUAUAUAUAUAUAUAUAGGCCUGUGCAUAAUAAUAAUGGUGGAUUAGUAAUCGACUGUAUCAAGGUAGCAUCGGUCGGUUUGUCCUUGUUUGUCAAUUCUUUUUUUCAUUUCUUUUUUUUGACAGCAUAUUAUAUAUCAAUUUAUAUAUACAAAUAUUUUUUCUAGAUGUUACACGACAUAUAACCAAGCUAUUUUCAUACGAUAUUUAUACAUAAUGAAAUCUCGACGAUAAUCCAUAAACAAAACGUUAUAUAUAUAUAUCUAUAUAUAUACAUACAUAGAUAUCGGACAAAAACAGUGAAUUUUGUACAUGUCUUUCAGUUUUACCACAACGGGUGUUGAUCCACAUAGUACUCAUUAUUCAUCACCAACAAAUAUGCAUCAUCAACAGUAUAUGUCACCAUUAACUGGUUCUUCAUCAUCGUCAACUGGCGGAUCACCAACAACAUCCGUACAAAUUCCGACGGCUACUGUUGCUACUAAUAUGCCAUUAUUAACAUCGAUUGCAAAUGUUAAAGAUUCACGUUGGCUUACAUUAGAAGUUUGUCGUGAAUUUCAACGUGGAAAAUGUACACGAUCAGAACAAGAAUGUAAAUUUGCUCAUCCAUCAACACAUGUUGAAGUUAAUAGUGGCAAAGUUAUAGCUUGUUUUGACUCACUUAAGGGUAAAUGCAAUCGUACAAAUCCACCGUGUAAAUAUCUUCAUCCACCUCAACAUUUACGUGACAUUCUACUUCAAAACGGACGCAAUAAUCUUAUUCUUCGUAGUAUUGCUAUGAAUAUUGCUGCUAAUCAAGCUAUGUAUCCACAAACGGCAACUCAUUUGUCAUAUCCCAAUGGUGCUAUUAUUCAAAAUCCAUUACAACAAUCGGCGUCAAUUGCGUCCUAUCCACAAAUUAGUUCAGCUGGUCCAGCUCAAUCAGCUUUAGUAUUUAAUCAAGCUGGUCAAGCUUUUAGCAUUCCUUUACAUGCAACACAUUUACACCAAAUAACACAAGGUACAAAUGGAACAACUAUGUAUGGUCCAGAUGGUACGCAAUAUUUUCAACCGGUGACACAAUUAACUGCUCAACCAACUGGACCAAAAAUAACACGUACUGAUCGUCUUGAAAUUUAUUCGAAUACAAAUUCCAAUCAUGAUGUUUUAAAGGUAUGCUCUGAUUUUCAGCAUGGGCAAUGCUUUUAUACAUCAGAUACAUGUCCAUAUGCACAUCCACAAGCACAUUGUCCACUUGAUGCAGAUGGUCUUGUUACUGUCUGUGUUGAUUAUGUUAAAGGAAAAUGUUCUCGUGAAACAUGCAAAUAUUUUCAUCCACCUGAUCACCUUGUUGCACAAUUAAAAGCUGUUAAAGCACAAUCAGUUGCUGCUGCUGCUGCACAUGUUUAUUCAGCAGCAGCUACAUUACAAUAUUCACCAUCAACUAUUCAAUUUGUUCAUCCACUUACAUUGAAUAGUAGUCAACAGAUAUUGACUGCACCACCUACAUAUGUCUAUCCUCAACAAACAUCUAUUGCACCUGUUUCUUCUUCUACUUCUUCUUCGCCAUUGCAACAACAGAAUGCUCCAGAAGACGAUGGUGCUUAUACAAAUGGUUUUGUUUCGCCUUAUCAAACAUAUCAAGGACAUAUUCAAGCAAUUUAUGCACGGGCACCAUCUGCUGAUUUGAAAGAUUCAACAUUAAUUGCUUCAACAAAUGAUACAACAUCAUCAUCAACAACAACUGAUAUUAAGGCAGUGAUCGAUCCUGUCAGCAGCAGCAGCAUCACACAGCAGACAAAAAAACGACCGCUUGAAGACGAUACUGCUACUUCCGGUGCCUACCUGCAGCUGCCACCUGGAACACAAAUAAUUUCUGCACAACAAUAUGUUCAACAACAACAAACAAAUGUACCAACACAACAUCAAAAACGUUCAGCUGUUGCUGAUCCAAAAACUGGUAUACCAAUGGCUGCAUAUCCAGUAACAGCAUUUUCUUAUCCAUCUCCAUCACCAUUACAAAUACCAUUUCAACAACCUUAUUUAACUGCUGUUCCUAUGACUUUUACUGGAUAUACUUCCCAUUUGCCGAGACUUUAA